GCAGUUUCCAUCAACAUGCUUACUUACGCUCCGAUUAUUAGAGCUUUUCCUACGCGUCAACUACUCUUUUUCAUGUCUCCCCUCUUUUUAACUCUCUUUCUUCCUUUUCUUUUUUUAUCUCCUCCUCUUUCAGAUUCUCUCCAUACAGACCCAAGUCUCCGACCAAACCCACACCCCCCAUUCAAACUAUUAAUUUAAUAAAUGAUCAGCCCAGAUAGCCGGAGGUCACUAUGGUUACUCGUCGGAGAGUAAAAAUCUGGCUACCACCGCCUGUGGACUUUCCCAGCUGAAUGCAACCCAAACGCCAUCGGAGCGUAAACCGUGCUCGUUAUAAACGCUUGGAGAAUCUUCGAUUCUCUGAAACCAGACUGACUUUUUAUUUAAUUUUCUCUUGUUUUCUUCGUUCCACGAUAAUGGCAACCGCCACUAACACCACUGCACCCGCGGUGGAUUCUGCAGCCUCGGCAGACGAGCUCACUGCCAAGGCCGUACGCAAACGCUAUGAAGGUCUUGUCGUGGUUAGAAACAAAGCAAUAAAGGGCAAAGGGGCGUGGUACUGGGCGCACUUGGAACCCAUGCUGGUCCACAACAAUGACAACGGCCUCCCUAAAGCGGUUAAGCUUCGGUGUUCCUUGUGUGACGCUGUUUUCUCCGCCUCCAAUCCCUCUCGUACUGCCUCUGAGCAUCUGAAACGGGGGACGUGUCCGAAUUUCAACUCGCUUCCCAAACCCAUUUCGUCUAUCUCCCCGUCUUCUAACACAGCCGUAGCUUCGCCGUCAAGUGGUGGCGGUACUGCUGCUUCUGUGGUACACAAUAACAGAAAACGUUCUGCUGGUGCAAGUUCUGGAUGGAUGUCUGCUUCGUCUUAUCCCAUGACCGCUGUAGCUACUGUUGCUUCCGUCACUUCGUACCAAGUAAGUCCUUUUGCGAUCGUGGAUCAGUCGAGAUUCUCAGGGGAGCUAGCAGUAUUGCCUCAGCAACCGCAUUUGGUGCUUUCCGGUGGGAAGGAGGAUUUAGAUGCUUUAGCCAUGUUGGAAGACAGUGUUAAGAAGUUGAAAAGUCCUAAAACUUCUCCAGGGCCGGCUUUGAGCAAGACCCAGAUUGACUGCGCCCUUGAUUAUUUAGCUGAUUGGGUCUAUGAGUCUUGUGGGUCUGUCUCGUUUUCGGCUCUCGAGCACCCUAAAUUCCGGGCAUUCUUGAAUCAAGUCGGCUUACCUGCGGUAUCGAGAAGAGAAUUUUGCGGGGGUAGACUGGAUGUGAAGUAUGAGGACGUUAAGGCAGAGUCUGAAGCAAGGAUUAGAGAUGCUAUGUUUUUUCAGAUUGCAUCCGACGGCUGGAAGGUAAAAAAUUCUAGUGGUUUUAAUGGCGUGAAUUUGGUGAAUUUAACAGUGAAUUUACCUUAUGGAACUGGUUUGUACUGGAGAGCAGUGUUUGUUAGCGGUUCAGUGCCUUCUAAGUAUGCAGAGGAGAUUUUAUGGGAGACCAUUUCAGGGAUUUGUGGGAAUGCUGUGCAGCAAUGUGUCGGGAUAGUUGCAGACAAGUUUAAGGCUAAGGCAUUGAGAAAUUUAGAGAAUCAGAAUCACUGGAUGGUCAACCUUUCUUGCCAGUUUCAAGGGUUCACUAGUUUAAUAAAAGACUUUAGCAAAGAGCUUCCACUGUUCAAGACUGUCACUGAGAAAUGCUUCAAGCUUGCAAAUCUUAUCAAUAACAAUCCUCAAAUCCGAAACAGUUUUCAUAAGUAUCAAUUGCAGGAGUACGGAAAUGCAGGAUUGUUGAGAGUGCCUUCUCGCGAGUACGAGAAGAUGGAUUUUGCUCCUGUGUAUACGAUGAUAGAGGAUAUAUUGAGCUCAGCUCGAGCACUGCCAUUGGUUUUACUAGAUGAGUCGUAUAAGAUAGCAUCCAUGGAGGAUCCAACAGCAAGAGAAGUUGCCGAGACAAUUAGAGAUGUGGGGUUUUGGAAUGAAGUGGAGGCGGUGCACUCAUUGGUUAAGUUGAUCAAGGAAAUGGCCCAGGAGAUUGAAACGGAGAGGCCAUUAGUGGGUCAAUGCCUGCCACUUUGGGACGAGCUAAGAGCAAAAGUCAAGGAUUGGUGUUCAAAGUUCGAUAUUGCAGAAGAAGCAGUGGAGAAAGUAAUUGAAAGACGGUUUAAGAAGAAUUACCAUCCUGCUUGGGCUGCUGCAUACAUACUCGAUCCACUUUAUCUGCUUAGAGACGCUAGUGGCAAGUACCUUCCUCCUUUCAAAUACCUAACCUCUGAGCAGGAAAAAGAUGUAGACAAACUCAUAACCAGGCUUGUCUCUAGAGAGGAGGCUCAUAUUGCUUUGAUGGAACUUAUGAAAUGGAGAACAGAAGGGCUUGAUCCAGUGUAUGCAAGAGCUGUCCAAAUGAAGGAAAGGAAUCCCAUUACAGGAAAGAUGAAAAUUGCCAAUCCGCAAAGUAGUAGGCUUGUGUGGGAGACUUAUCUUACCGAGUUUAAGUCACUAGGGAAAGUUGCAGUUAGGCUUAUUUUCCUUCAUGCUACUGCAUGUGGGUUCAAAUGCAAUUGGUCUUUGUUGAAAUGGGCGUGUGGCCAUGGGCAUUUUAGAGCAGCCAUGGACAAGGCACAAAAAUUGAUAUUUAUUGCAGCUCAUUCCAAGCUUGAGAGGCGGGAGUUCUCAAGCGAUGAAGACAAGGAUGCAGAGCUUUUCGCAUUAGCAAAUGGUGAGGAUGAUGUGCUGAAUGAGGUUCUUGUUGAUACAUCUUCAGUAAGCUUUCGACAAAGAUAUUGUUGCACUGGAGAAGCCACCAUAAGAUGUUUGGUGGUCAGUACGUAGAAUGAGAUGGAACAUGAUUGAAGGCGGAAUGCUGCCAUAAGGAUCCAAGAAGGGCUUAAAUAUAUGGAAGUAAGAUAUCUUUUUGUGAGACGCCAGAGGUUGCUCGGUGCUGGUUGGGUGAAUGGCAAGCCAGGUCAGGCAACGUGGGUCAGCAACCUCCGAAGGACCUCAGAACUCAACUUUAUAGCUGGAGGAGCACUUCUAAGUGUUCGUUUUUCAUCAUCUCAAUCAAUAAUUUGCUGGUUUUUGUGUGUUUGGAAUGUGGAACCCCACCAUGAAGAAGUGGAAGUCUUUUUCGAAACUGUGGUUCUGAUGGUGAGAGAAUGAGAAUAAUCCUAUCAUAUCAUUCGUAAUAACGUCUCCUUCAAAAUUUCCAAAGCUCGUGACCUCCAUGCAGGUAAUUGGCCAAUGCACCUCGGAAUUGCAAGAAAGAUAUUCAGAGGAAGACUGAAGAUGCCCCGCAAUUCAGCAAUGACAUGUUCAAGAUUAUAUUGAUGGAAUAUGAUAUGAAUUUGAAAUAGAGUCUCAUCAGAAAAACCUGGGAGGACUUUUAAACGUGGAGGCAGAAAAGAAAUAAGACAAGGGCCAUUCAUUAUCUAUUUGGCUAGAAGCUAUUAUUCUUUUUUCACUUUGUAGCUUUUCAUGGGAACAAGAGACUUUUAUUCAGUGUUUGAACUCGAUGAUUUACAUAUCUAUCCUCAAUUUAUUUUUUUUAAUUA